CACACACACACACUCCCAAGUCAACUCCCAAGUCCACAUUGCACACAUUCACACACUCCCACACACUCACAUUCACAGGACAUCCAGGCUUGCAGAAGAAUCAACUCCAUUUCACAGUCUUUCCUGGUGGAGUGCUGAAGCACACUAUUUCUGCAGUUUGUGCAUCUCUGUCGUUCCUGCUUGAACGUGUAACAUCAUGGCAGCGCUUGGAAACCGUGGUACAAUCUCACAGGAGCGGGAUUUUGAUGCUGAAAUCGACACAGAGAAACUGAGAGUGGCUAUGAAGGGAGCAGGCACCGAUGAGGCAACGAUUAUCUCCAUUCUGAGUCAUCGUACGAUUGCUCAGAGGCAGAAGAUCAAGGAGGCGUAUAAAGUUGCUGUAGGAAAGAAUUUGGAAGAUGAUAUAAAGUCGGAGCUGACCGGUAAUUUCGAGAAGGUCGUGUGUGGGUUGCUGAUGCCGGCGCCCGUUUACGAUGCCUAUGAGCUGAGAAACGCCAUCAAGGGUGCUGGAACUGAUGAAGCGUGUCUGAUUGAGAUUUUGGCUUCAAGGAGCAACGCUGAAGUUAAAGCUCUUACUGCCACCUACAAGAAAGAGUACGAUCGUGAUCUGGAGGAUGAUAUCUCCGGAGACACAUCUGGCAUGUUUAAGAGGGUCCUGGUGUCUCUGGCCACGGCCGGGAGAGAUGAGAGCACCAAGGUGGAUGAGGCACUCGCUAAGCAGGAUGCCAAGGAGAUCUUUGAGGCGGGUGAGGCGCGCUGGGGAACAGACGAGGUCAAGUUUCUCACCAUCUUGUGUGUGAGGAACAGGAACCACUUACUUCGAGUGUUUCAGGAGUACCAGCAGAUUUCAGGCCGGGACAUUGAGGACAGCAUUAAGAGGGAGAUGUCUGGCUGUCUGGAGGAUGUUUUCCUUGCCAUAGUAAGGUGCCUCAAGAAUAAGCCAGCAUUCUUCGCUGAGAGACUUUACAAAUCUAUGAAGGGUUUAGGCACCACUGACAGCAUCCUGAUCAGAGUGAUGGUUUCUCGUGCUGAGAUUGACAUGAUAGACAUCAAGGCCGAGUUCCUGAAGAUGUACGGAAAAACUCUGAACUCCUUCAUCAAGGGGGACACAUCAGGGGAUUACCGAAAGAUCCUUCUGGAGCUUUGUGGAGCAGAAAUCUAAGCCACGAGUCUACUUCAUUUACAAUAACAUGACAUUUAUUAGGAGUGUGUAAUAUGUUUGCUGAGUUGACUGACUCCUAUCCAUUAACGUGUAGCUAACUUGUGUGUUUUUGGUCCAACCAUAUAGCAAAACAAUGUCCAAUAUUUCACACUGUGUAAUGCCAAAUAAAGUGCUUUAAACUCACUUUAAA